CAUAUAGACGGACGGAGUAUUUAAUGAGAGUAGAUGCUGGGUUCAAUGCUCAAGCUAGCUUCUUUCCCCCAGAAGCUUUGAUGAACACAAUCGCUCGCAUUCCCCAAAUUAAGUAAGAAGUUCAGGUUAUCAGAAUACCAGAUUGCAGGAGCUUUGGAGUCGUCGUUUUAGUAUGGCGGCGACGGUUGGCCGUUUGGAAUGGCGUGGACCGAUCUUCGCCCUCGUCAUUCUUCUGGCCCUAAUUUGCACUCGGAUCAGAGCAGACGUCGGCGCGGAUACUAAUGUUGAUUUCGUCAGAUCCGAUUGUCAGGAUUUUUCCACCGAAUUGGAAAGCCUCAAGUCUAAGAUCCUUACUUUGGAAUCAUAUGUUGAGGAGAAGGUUCAAGAACUGAGUGCAAAGGAUCUAGUGAUUGCUGAGAGGGAUAACAUUAUAAAAGUGAAAUCUGAUAGAAUUGCAUCAUUGCAAUCUGAAAUUUCUUCUCUGCAGAAAAAGGGGUCGUUGGAUGCUCGAGAGCAGGUUGGAAAAGCACAGGCACGUGCUGACCUAUUAGAGAAACAGGCUGAGAGCAUCCGAAAUGAAAUUGAGUUAAAGAAUGAGAAGAAUAAAGAGCUUGAAGCCCAGAGAAUUUUAGCAGAAAAACAACAGACGGAAUCAAAUUCAAAAAUUAUGAAACUUCAGAAGACCAUCGAGGAGCAGAAGGCAAAAUUGCAAAAAACUGAGCGCGCUCUUCAAGUUGCUGAGGAGGAAAUGAUGAGAGCACGUUUUGAUGCCACCAUAAAAGCAAAAGAGCUAGUGAAGAUUCAAGGUGCAUGGCUUCCAUCUUGGCUUGCAGUUCAUUUAAAAAACUAUCAGGCGAUUUGGGAGAAACACUGGCAGGAGCAUGUAAAACCUGCCAUGAAUGUAAUGCUUGAAAAGGCCCUUGAGACAAAGGCUCAGACUGAAGCAUGGGCUGCACCUCAUGUGGAAACAAUAAAAAGUAAAUGGGUUCCUCCUGUGAAAGAGCAGAUGCUUUUAUUUAUCGCAUAUGUUGAACCACACCUUCACACACUUAAGGCAAAAACUUUUGAAAUGUAUGCAACAUCCAAGAAUUCAGUUAUGCCACAUGUACUCAAGGUACAGGAAAUUGCAGACCCUUACUUUCAGGAAAUUCGUAAAUUCAGCAAGCCAUAUAUUGACCAAGUAGCUACUACAACAAGACCUCAUGUGGAAAAGGCACGUCUAGCUGUAAAACCUUAUACAAAAAAGGCAAUUCAUGCUUAUGGAAAAUUCCUGAAGUCUGCCACCACAUACCACAACCAGGUUCAAGGCACUGUCCAGGAGACUCUGAAGAGACAUGAGCUCACGAAAUCUCUUGCAACAAAGGAGUUUACAUGGUUUGCUGCCUCUGCUGUGCUGGCUUUUCCAAUCUUAGUUCUUUUCAAAGUUUUCUCUGCCAUUUUCGGCACCAAGGUCAAGCCGUCCAACAGAAGUGGUGUUAGCUCAAACCAUUCCCGUCGUAGGGUAAAACGCAGUGGCCAGCAUCAUCCUUCCAGAGAAAAAUAAGAGUCUGAUGGUUGAUUGCUUAAUAGUCAGUCACAUAUAGAAUACGUGGAUGAAUGAAUAUAACGCCGUGGUCUACAAGCAUCUUUUGUCAACCAGCUUGUGGGUGUCUAGGGAACAACGUGUGUAUCAUCACACCUUACUUUGGAAACAAACAUUUACUUUGAGCCACGGCCAGGAUCGAAUGCCUGCCUCCACCCAAUAUACUUUUCUGGUAUGCACUAGUCACAUUGGGGGGUAUUUUGUACUAAUCAUCAUCUGUCCCAUUUGCCGAGAAUUUCCUCAAACACUAUUUUCUAAAUAAGCCAAAGAUCGUAUUUUCUAAAUAAUUUGUACCGGUAGUUUAAAAAUUAAUGCACAAGAUGGCUAUAAAUUUUCAAGAAAUUUGAAUCUGAGCUUUAAUUUGGUUCUCGAUGCUUUGGAAAACAAAUAAAUUCUAAGGCAUCACAACAAUAUAUGUACCCGUUAUUUUUGCCAGUUUUCAAACAAAUUAAAUGGCAAAGGAAUCGUUAA